UGCGGGCAGAGUUUGCGGUGGGGCACCAACGAGGGUCUGGGAGGGUGCAGGGGCGGCGAAGUUUCGAGCGAUGUGCCUGUAUCUUCAUUCUGGCAAGCUAUAAUGCACUGUAACGGCAGGCACAGGUCUGAGCCUGCCCGAAUCUUUCAAGAGGACGAGGCGCUCAUCAACAAGAAAUUGCCCAAGGAAGUUCUGAUCAGAGUAUUCUCUUUCCUGGACAUCGUUUCGCUGUGUCGCUGCGCUCAAGUCUGCAAGUACUGGAACAUCCUCGCUCUCGAUGGCAGCAACUGGAAGCGCAUUGAUCUGUUCUCCUUCCAGGUCGAUGUGCAGGGUGCUGUCGUCGAGAACAUCAGCCGCCGCUCCGGGGGCUUCCUGAAGGCGCUCAGUCUCAAGGGAUGCCAGUGGGUCACCGACCCGGCCCUCAGGACCUUCGCGCAGCAGUGCAACAACAUAGAGGACCUCAACCUGCAGGACUGCCGCCGCAUUACAGACAGCACCUGUCACAGCCUGUCUCUGCACUGUCCAAACCUGUACACGCUGGACCUGAAGUCGACCAAUGUCGGCGACUUGUCGCUCAAGUACCUCUCGGAGGGGUGCCCCAACCUGCACCGCAUCAAUAUCUCGUGGUGCGGCGAUAUCACCGAGAACGGCGUGGAGGCCCUGGCGCGGGGCUGUCCGAAGCUGUCGCACUUCAUCGCCAAGGGCUGCGACCAGAUCAACGACGCUUCCGUGCUGCAGCUGGCCCGCUACUGUCCCGACCUGGAGGUGGUCAACCUGGAGCGGUGUGAUAGCAUCACGGACCAGUCCGUGACGGCCAUCGCCGAGAGCUGCCCGCAGCUGCACUACGUCUGCCUGUCCAACUGUCCGGCGCUGCGCGACGUCUCGCUGCUGCGGCUCGCCUCGCACUGUCCGCGCCUCGUCACCGUCGAGGUGGCCGGCUGCGCCAACUUCACCGACGCCGGCUUCCAGGCGCUCGCCAGGAACUGCCACUUCCUAGAGAAGAUGGACCUCGAGGACUGCGUGGCCAUCACGGACGUGACGCUGUCGGCGCUGGCGCAGAACUGCCCGCGGCUCGAGACGCUGACGCUGUCUCACUGCGAGCUGAUCACGGACGAGGGCAUCCGGCAGCUGGGCACGGGGCCGUGCUCCACCGAGCAUCUGGCCGUGCUCGAACUCGACAAUUGUCCGCUCAUCACCGACCAAAGCCUGGAACACCUGCAGGCCUGCCACAACCUGCAGCGCAUCGGCCUCUACGACUGUCAGCUCAUCACGCGCAACGGCAUCAAACGGCUCCGGAGCCACCUGCCCAACAUCAACGUGCACGCGUACUUCGCGCCGCAGACGCCGCCGCCGACGCAGGGCGGCUCCCGACAGCGCUACUGCCGCUGCUGCAUCAUCUUAUGAAACUGGCUCUCUCCGUACUGCGGCUGGCCGACCGGCGGCCGGUACCGCGCCGUGCGCUGGGGCGGCUUCGUGCAGCCGGCGUACCUGCUGCUGGCGCCGGGCCCGCUGGAGGCGGUGCUGCGCGCCGCGCGGCUGCGCGUCUCGUUCGGCCACGACCGGCACGGCCGCUUCCUGCGGCUGACGCGCCGGCGCGCCGCCGUCGCCGACCACUUCCACGCCUACUACGUCUGGCUGCGUAAGCUGGGCGGCCGGCCGGGGCUCGACCAGUACCUGAUCCUGCCCAUCAGCUACCAGGUGACGUACGGCCACCGAGCGCGGCGCGCGUGCGCCGUGUGCGCCCGGCC